AUGGCCGAGGUCAUGAAUUCUACUUAUCGACCGUCCAAAGGUUUGGAAGCAGCUGUCACGCAAAAGAAUAAGCUUUUAGAAUACCAGGAAAAUCGUAUAACCCGCACUUCGGUUUACGAUGACCAGGAGAAGGAAAAUUAUAAUAUUUGUAUGGAAGAACCAGAUAUGUUGGAUGAAAAUUUUGCACAGCCAUCGCCCUACGUUGAAAAGGCAGACUGGCUAAAUCAUUAUUGCCCGGAGUAUAUAGAUGCUAACGAAAUGAAUGAAUUGGAAGUGGACGCCGAUGUGGAGUUGAUAGAUGGGUCUUCGACGAAAUGCAGGGUGCAGAGCGAAGAUAUCUGUCGCAUACAAAAUAGUGGAAAAUGUCUGUCAGUGCAUCAGCCACAUGAAGGUCGAACUUGGUAUUCGGCUCAUCGUGGUACGCUUUGGAUUGCAUCUACGGCAAGGCGAGCGAGAACGGAAGAGAUACGAGAAAUUGAGGACUUCUACAAACGUUUAUAUGAAGGAACCGAACUGUCGCUUCCGACGGAAUAUCCAUCUCAGUGUCUUCUGGGUUACGUGGAAGUAGUAGAUUGCUUGGCGCAGGAGCAGUACCAGGAACUGUACCCAAGCGGUGAAUGCGAUGCUCCCUAUGUAUUCGUGUGCAGAAACGCCCAGCAACUUCCGUGCAAUAUACCAAUCGUUGGCAAAAACAAAAUAUAUCAGUUGGAUCCAACGAUUUUCCAUGCUGCCAAGAACGCGCUUGGUUAUGUAGUAAAAAUGAAUGCGUCACGAACGAAUAACGGUGAAUGA